CGCCUUUGGGCAGCGUUUAUUCGAGGGGUCCUCGACGGCGGUGAAUGGCGGUCCAAACCUCGAAUUACAACCUUUAUUCAUUGUGCAAAUUAUCGUGGAUUAGACCUCCUUUUUUCCCAAACCUCAACUAGUUCCCCGAAACCGGAACUCGCAAGACAGACAUCAUGUUUAAGUGGGCUCAACAACAGCUUGCCAAUGUCGCCGGCACGCAGGAGCCCAUCUACGGUCCCUCCGCCAUCAAGUCGGUCGCCGAAGAGGCUGAGACAACGCCCUACACUGAGCUCACCAGGGACGAUUUAAAAUGGCGGGCUAUGGAGUCGACAUGCGUCGAAACGCAGACCUUCUACUUCGUGUCCGACAGUGGGCAGCUCGCCUUUGCCCAGGUCAUCUAUAGUAACGUGGCCGGCAUCCGCACUACCUGCCAGUUCAACUGCAAGGUCUUCAGCCUCGACGGCUCGAAGCCCCACUUGUGGUCCUCGACACCAUUGAGUAAUCACGGCUUUAGCGAAGACUAUACCGCGUUUUACGCCGAUGACUGCGCCGUCGAGCUCUCCGAGGAUGGAACCACGUACACGAUCAAGUCGCUGAAUGACGAGCAGGCCAUCGUUAACCUGACAGUCAAGCGGACGGCUCCGGGUUUCAAGGCUGGAAAGACUGGCACCACACUGUUUGGCACCGACCUUUCCAACCCUUGGGGGUCCAUGCGCCACGUCUUUUGGCCGAGGUGCACUGCGGAGGGCACUAUCAUGACCAAGGACGGCCCCAUCGACUUCAAGGGCAGGGCUUUCUUGUCUCAUGCGCUGCAGGGCAUGAAGCCCCAUCAUGCCGCGGCAAAGUGGAACUUUUGCAACUUCCAGGGACCAACUUAUUCCGCCAUUCUCAUGCAGUUCACCACUCCGCCGUCGUACGGCUCGACCGUGGUGAGUGUAGGUGUCAUUGCUAAGGAUGGCGAGAUCGUUGUCGGCGGUUGCAAGAGCGACGUCACGCAUAUCCAGACCAACAGCGACAGUGAGAAUGACUGGCCGGAGCCGACGACCAUUAAGUACACAUGGGCCGGGACGACCAAGGAUGGAAAACCGGUGGAAGCCUUCAUUGAGGGCGGUCUCGAAGAUCGCCUAGACAGGAUAGACGUCAUGGCUGAGGUGCCUGGUUUCGUAAAGAAGAUUGUGGCUGGAGCCGCAGGAACGAAACCGUACAUCUACCAGUACUCCCCGCAAAAGACAAAGCUCUCUCUGAAGCUCAAGAUCGGAGACGAGGAGGUCACCGAGGAGGGCUUCGUCUUUGCCGAGGCGACCUUUAUUUCAGAAUAGACGGCGUCCCUCGGCUAGCUACCAGGGCUUUGGGUACGUAUACCCUGGGAAGCAAUUGUCAGGAUCGGCGUUGGGGUGGUUUCUAGAAGCUGGACACUCGCUCUACAUAAUACACGACCCACAGAGACUGGGGUACAAGACACAGGACUUGGCCUAGAUUUGCGGGAUGUUGCGUCGAUAUCGCGUACCUUAAUGAUGAACAAACCCCU